AUGGCAGUUAUCUUUGUUAUUUUCGCAAUUUGCUGCAUUAACUUUGAUUCUGUUACUGGUAGUGAUGAUAAGAUUUCUAGACUUGAGAAGCUUAUUGAAGCACAGAAUGUCAUGAUUCUUGGAUUUAAGAAAGAAUUUGAUGUGUUCAAAGACACCGUUAGGACUCAAAAUAUCAAAAUUGAUAGCUUGGAAAAUCAAUUGCAAAACUGUAAGGCUUGUUUUGAUCGCAAGGGUUCCAACACAAGUGGUGCACUGCUGUCUCACCAAAUCCUACAAUCUUGGAAUAAAAUGAAUGUCGAGACGCAUAAAGACAAAGUGAGUGUUUCAAACAACAGACUGCAAAAAGAUUUAGGACGAGAUAGCAGAUUACUGAUGUCCACAUCUAACAGUAAUUCUCCGUCGGUUAUCGCAUUUCACGCAUACCUUUCAAAACAUGAAGUAGACCCUGGACACCAUCAUACCAUAAUCUUCGAUUAUGUUCUCGUAAAUUCUGGGAAUGGCUACAAUAAUCACUCAGGAACAUUCAUUGCUCCGGAAAACGGAAUUUAUGUUUUUGCUUUUACCGUCGUUGGGUUCGCAGGAAGUAGAAUGCCAGUUCAGUUGGUGGUAAACAGUAACAUUGUUGGAUCUACUGCUGCAGAUAGUCAAUCAGAUACUCCAUACCCACCAGCUUCAUCUAUAGUUGUUGUUCAUUUAAACCAGUAUGACACAUGUUUUCUAAGAACUACACCAAAUACCGGUAAUGUUGUUGGAAAUUUGUAUAGCAGCGAAUGGUCUAGAUCAUCCUUUUCUGCAUGGAAACUUUGA